AUGUUCCGCCAGGAGCAGCCGCUGGCCGAGGGCAGCUUCGCGCCCAUGGGCUCCCUGCAGCCGGACGCGGGCAACGCGAGCUGGAACGGGACCGAGGCCCCGGGGGGCGGCGCCCGGGCCACCCCCUACUCCCUGCAGGUGACGCUGACGCUGGUGUGCCUGGCCGGCCUGCUCAUGCUGUUCACGGUGUUCGGUAACGUGCUUGUCAUCAUUGCUGUGUUCACAAGCCGCGCGCUCAAGGCGCCCCAGAAUCUCUUCCUGGUGUCUCUGGCUUCGGCGGACAUCCUGGUGGCCACGCUUGUCAUCCCUUUCUCGCUGGCCAACGAGGUCAUGGGCUACUGGUACUUCGGCAAGGCGUGGUGUGAGAUCUACCUGGCGCUCGACGUGCUCUUCUGCACGUCUUCCAUAGUGCACCUGUGCGCCAUCAGCCUGGAUCGUUACUGGUCCAUCACCCAGGCCAUAGAGUACAACCUGAAACGCACGCCGCGCCGCAUCAAGGCCAUCAUCGUCACGGUGUGGGUCAUCUCGGCCGUCAUCUCCUUCCCCCCGCUCAUUUCCUUCGAGAAGAAGAGAGGCAGGAGUGGCCAGCCGUCCGCCGAACCGCGCUGUGAGAUCAACGACCAGAAGUGGUACGUCAUCUCGUCGAGCAUCGGCUCCUUCUUCGCGCCCUGCCUGAUCAUGAUCCUGGUCUACGUGCGCAUCUACCAGAUCGCCAAGCGCCGCACCCGCGUGCCGCCCAGUCGCCGGGGUCCCGAUGCCACCGCCGCCGAGCUGCCAGGGGGCGCCGAGCGCAGGCCCAACGGCUUGGGCCCGGAGCGCGGCGGCGUGGGCCCCGUGGGCGCCGAGGUCGAGUCGCUGCAGGUGCAGCUCAAUGGUGCCCCGGGGGAGCCCGGGCCCGCAGGGCGGCCGGACGCCGACGCGCUGGACCUAGAGGAGAGCUCCUCGUCUGAGCACGCUGAGCGGCCCCCGGGGUCCCGCAGGUCGGAGCGCGGGCCCCGGGCCAAGGGCAAGGCCCGGGCGAGCCAGGUGAAGCCCGGGGACAGCCUGCCGCGGCGCGGGCCGGGGGCGACGGGGCCGGGGGCACCCGCGGCGGGGCCCGCGGAGGAGCGCUCCGGCGGGGCCGCCAAGGCGUCGCGCUGGCGCGGGCGGCAGAACCGCGAGAAGCGCUUCACCUUCGUGCUGGCGGUGGUCAUCGGCGUGUUCGUGGUGUGCUGGUUCCCCUUCUUCUUCACCUACACGCUCACGGCCAUCGGCUGCCCCGUGCCGCCCACGCUCUUCAAGUUCUUCUUCUGGUUCGGCUACUGCAACAGCUCGCUGAACCCGGUCAUAUACACCAUCUUCAAUCACGACUUCCGCCGCGCCUUCAAGAAGAUCCUCUGCCGGGGGGACAGGAAGCGGAUCGUGUGA